GAAACCCUCAUGCACACCCCGCGUCCGCAGGGAGCGCGUCACCGUGCCAAAGCUCUCCCGUGUGGCGCACAGAGCAGCAGCAGCAGCAGCAGCAGCAGCAGCUUCUUCUUCUUCUUCUUCUUCUUCUUCUUCAACACAGUGGCGGUGGUUGCUCUGCUGUGUCUCUUUAAAUACAGCAGGCAGUGCUGUUGGCCAGUGUGGGAGCUCAGGGCGCACAGUGCGGCGCUGCUUCUCCGCAGCGUCAAACGUCCGACGGUCGAGGGAACAGACUGGUCGAGCUCCACAGCCCGCGUCACAUCCACGCGCUGACCCAAGUCAGAUCGAGAGACUGGGUCGAGUGAGACGAAGAGUGGACAGUGUGGUGUGAAGUGGUGAGACCGCACUGGGCCACUAACAUCACCUACUCCUCCCUCUGCGACCGUUAACGCUGGAGUUGAAGGUUCAUCUGCGGCACAGUCGCCUGCACUGUGACUGUGAACGUCUUCUCUUUUUUUGUGGAGCUCGCUGCUCUUCACGUUUGUCUGAACGACGGUGGAGAUGAGGAACGUGAAGGAACGUGAAGCCUGAGCUGCACAGAGGACCAUCCUCAGCUGAGAGUUGUCUCUGCUCAUGUCUCAGCCUCGUCCUGGCUCGUGUUUGAGAUGGUGAGUCACGCCUCCCCCCCCCCCUCCCCUCGCUCCCUCUCUUGGACUGUCUCAGUGAAUAGCGUAUGCCACAAAGGUGAAAGGAUCUCAGCUUAGCUGUAAAUAAAACAGCUCCUGCACAGCGUGGGAGAAAGUGUCACAGCGGUGCUGGUGCUGGUGCUGGUGCCGCGCAGCCUCUGAGGGCUGAUCACCGGAGUGAAAGCAGUGCUGAGUGAUCACCUUUACCUCAGAGUCACUCACCUUUCAUGCUCUGGUAGCUGGAGCCAGCUCUGCGGGCUAAAGAGUCAACGGGGACGGCGAGAGACUCAAACGUGGACACAGUCACGGAGAAUCGUCAUGAGGGAUCCUUCACGCGAGAGAAAAGUCAUGUUGUUGUGUGAUAACAUCCAUACGUCAGGAUUAAGGCACUCUUUAUUUUAGUUGGUGGCUGGAACGGGGAGAGCUGCUGUCGAUUACUCUGCUUUAUGAGUUUUCAUCACGGGGACAGUGUCUCUGAGAGGCUGGGGAGCCAGCAUGGCCAAGGCUCUGCUGAAGAUACAGCGCUAUUUUCGCAGGAAACCCGUUCGCUUCUUCUCCCUCAUCCUCCUCUACCUGACUGCCGGGAGCCUCGUCUUCCUUCACUCGGGCUUCGUCGGUGACAGCGGCCCCAGAGGCAGAGGGAGCCGGGAGUCCGUGGCAGCUGCAGAGAUGGGGAGACGCACCUCAGACAGCCGGGGGCUCGGCAGCAUGAGCAGGGUGUUUAAGGAGACGCACAGGUCUGGCAGGAGGUAUGGUCCUCCGUGGAUGAAAAGGACGGGACAGGAGGGACAGCGGACAGAGGUCAGAGGGGGAGACUACACCAGCAACUGGAACCGUGCACUUAAAGGACGCAAUGCCAAAGAUGUGGACGAUGGAAGAGCAAAGUACAUCGGCUGCUACAUUGAUAACACACAGAAAAGAGCCCUGAGAGGAGUUUCCUUUUUUGACUACAAAAGAAUGACUGUAUUCCGUUGCCAGGACAACUGUGCAGAAAGAGGUUACAUGUACGCAGGCCUGGAGUUUGGAGCAGAGUGCUACUGCGGUCACAAGAUCCAGGCCCCGAACGCCUCGGAGAGCGAAUGCAACAUGGAGUGUAAAGGAGAGCGGGGCAACCUGUGUGGAGGAGCAAACAGACUGUCCAUCUUCAGGCUGGAGCUGAGCCAUGAGUCAGCGCGCCGCUAUGGCAGCGCCAUUUUCAAGGGUUGUUUCCAUCGGCCAGACAAUGUCACUUUGGCACUUCCUUUCAACGCAGUCAUCCAAAACAUGUCCGUGGACAAGUGUGUGGACAUGUGCACGGAGAAGGAGAAAUCACUCGCCGUCCUGGCCGGAGAUCGAUGUCACUGCGGCUUCCCCACGUCUCUUUUCUCGCUUCAUGAGCUGGAGGAAGAGGACAAAUGUCUGCACCGUUGCCACGGGGAAGAGUUCGAGAGCUGCGGCAACGACGAGUACUUUGUUGUGUACCAGACGCAGGUUCAAGAUAACCGCUGCAUGGACCGUCACUUCCUCCCCACUCGUGCUAAACAGCUGGUGGCUCUCGCCAGUUUCCCUGGAGCCGGGAACACGUGGGCUCGCCACCUGAUAGAGCUCGCCACCGGCUUCUACACCGGCAGCUAUUACUUUGAUGGUUCCCUUUACAAUAAAGGAUUUAAGGGAGAGCGGGACCACUGGCGAAGCGGGAGGACGGUCUGCAUUAAGACGCACGAGAGCGGAAAGAAGGAGAUCGAAGCCUUUGAUUCCGGCAUCCUCAUGAUCCGAAACCCCUACAAAGCCCUCAUGGCAGAAUUUAAUAGAAAAUAUGGCGGCCACAUUGGCUUUGCCUCCCAGGCUCACUGGAGAGGGAAAGAGUGGCCCGAGUUUGUUAAGAACUAUGCCCCUUGGUGGGCGUCCCACACGUUGGACUGGUUGAACUAUGGGAAGAAUGUCCACGUGGUCCACUUCGAGGAACUAAAGAGGGACUUGUUCCUGCGACUCAAGGGGAUGGUUCAGUUUCUGGGUUUGAACGUUUCCGAGGACCGACUGCUCUGCGUUGAGGGCCAGAAAGAUGGAAACUUCAAGCGGUCCGGGUUGCGUAAACUAGAAUACGACCCGUAUACAAGCGAAAUGCGAGCAGACAUUAACGAACUGAUCAGAACAGUAGAUACGGUCUUGAGGAAAAGGAACAUGUCUGGAGUUCCAGAGGACUAUAUGCCAAGAUGAUAAAUGUGAUCUCCCCCCUCCCUUUCCUCACUUAACUGGUCUGUUCUCUUUUGUAAAAUGACAUGACUUUAAUAGCUGUUUCAAUUAUUUUUCUGUAAAGUAAUUUAGGUUGAAUUUGUCAUGCAAAGAAAUUAGUGUCUAACCUCCAAUUUUUAGUCAUCUUUGUUUUAAUUCUCUGCAGUGUCAUGCACUGAUAAAGAAAGGGGAGGUUUGGUUUUCAUGAACAUGAGCAAAAAGCACUUCUUCUUGUCCCUCUCUAUGCACAUGUAGGUACAACUUUGACUACAAAGUUAAGAAAAACCUUUGACCCUAAACGUUCAAUGCAGUGCAGCAGUGUUGUUUGUGCAAAAAAGCAUUGUUUUCACAAUAAUGUUCUUUACACACACUUCUUUGAAAUGUUUAGCCCUUUUGGUGGAGGAAAAUGCAAUAUGCAGGCGUUAACUACCUGAUGAUGACACUGUGUGUUUUGUGUAGAUUAUUCAACUAAAUGUAUGUUAUAGAGAAAUCAUGUUUUUCGAUGAUGAUGAAGAUCUUCACAGCAUUUAUUUGUCUCACUGGAUAAUUUGGUGGUGAGUAUUUAUUUUUUUCCUGACACUGGACUUGAUGCAGAAAAUCCAAAAAGCACCCCCGCUGUGCAACACUCGCCCCAAAGAUCACUGAGGAAUUAGACGUUACGUCACGGUUCUCGUUAGUAGUAGUGAUCCUUAUAUUAUGAUUUGAUCUCAGUUUAUCAUACUGAAUGUGAAAAAGUGUUACCUUUUUAUUGCUUUGUUGUGAGAAAAAGCUAUGACGGUUAAUGCUGGCUGAAAACUAAAGUGUGAAACAUCGCACUCGGAUUUUUAUAGCAAAGCACGUCUUAUAAUGGUACUCAAUGUGCUGUGGCAUAUGCAUUAAAGAUAAGCAAACGAUUAAAUACAUGAAAAUGCUGUUUAAAUAAAUAAAUAAAGCACUGGGUACUGAGAGACAGAAAACAUUAACUGACUUCCAUUUUCAAUAUAAUAUAAAUCUAUUUUUAUAGUGUAUGCUGACACAUCAAAAAAUGUUAUUUGUAAAGCAAAAACAAUGAAAUGGAAGGUGUUUCUAUUUUUAACACAUGCUUUAAACUUUAUUGGCUCUCACUUGCAUUGACGAGCAGGCACUUUCUGAACGUAGGUGUCACAUUUGAAUGUAUUUUCUAUGGAAUGUAACGUGAUAAGCCCCAAUAAAUCGAGUAUGUUGCA